AUGACACAAGUACCUUCAAGACACAAGUACCUCCAAGACACAAGAACCUUCAAGACACAAGUACCUCCAAGACACCAGUACCUCCAUGACACAAGUACCUCCAUGACACAAGUACCUCCAAGAUACAAGUACCCCCCAAGGCACAAGUACCCCCAAGACACAAGAACCUUCAAGAAACAAGGACCCUCCAAGACACCAGUGCCUCUAAGAUACAAGUACCUCCAUGACACAAGUACCUCCAAGGCACAAGUACCUCCAAGACACAAAUACCUCCAAGAUACAAGUACCUCCAUGGCACAAGUACCUCCAAGACACAAGUACCUCCAAGACACAAGUACCUCCAAGACACAAGUCCCCUCAACACACAAGAACCUCCAAGACACAAGUACCUCCAAGACACAAGUCCCCUCAACACACAAGUAUAUCCAAGGCACACGUACCUUUAAGACAAAAGUACCUCCAAGACACCAGUGCCCCAAAAAUACAAGUACCUCCAUGACACAAGUACCUCCAAGAUACAAGUACCCCCAAAGACACAAGUACCCCCCAAGACACAAGUACCCCCAAGACACAAGAACCUUCAAGAAACAAGGACCCUCCAAGACACCAGUGCCUCUAAGAUACAAGUACCUCCAUGACACAAGUACCUCCAAGACACAAGUACCUCCAAGACACAAGUACCUCCAAGACACAAGUACCUCCAUGACACAAGUACCUCCAAGACACAAGUACCUCCAAGACACAAGUACCUCCAAGACACAAGUCCCCUCAACACACAAGUAUAUCCAAGGCACACGUACCUUUAAGACAAAGGUACCUCCAAGACACCAGUGCCCCAAAAAUACAAGUACCUCCAUGACACAAGUACCUCCAAGAUACAAGUACCCCCCAAGACACAAGUACCUCCAAGAUACAAGUACCCCUCAAGACACAAGUACCCCCCAAGACACAAGUACCCCCAAGACACAACUACCUUCAAGAAACAAGGACCCUCCAAGACACCAGUGCCUCUAA